CAAAUUUCCUUAUCAGUUGUUAUCAACGCGGUGCUUGAACAACAUAACUUCGCAUAUUGAGCAAUUAACUAGCGCAUCCACUUGGUUAAUAUGUGUAUUUUAUCUUUUUGAUUGAUAUGCAAUUAUUAUAAUAAUAAUAGACAGUCGGCAUUAUUUGCUCAGAUUCAGCGAAGACAUGCUUGGCGGAUAACGAGUUUAGUCAGUCUAGUUGCGCGACUCGUUGUGUGUGGUAUCGACAAGCUUGUUAUCACUUCGAAAUGCCAAAUCGGGUUGAAUAUCGUUUGAAGACCCCUGCGAGGCCAAUAAUAUCUCAGGAUAUUGCAAGACACCGACUGGAAGAAGACCUUCAAGAUGAGUUUGCAGGACAGUUUGACCACUAUGGCCAGACGCCGCCGCGAACAAGGAUUAAAAUCAAGAAUCGCGACUGGGAUCGGAAACAGAAAUCGGAUCAACCUGCUUGUUGUCGCAAAGGAAUGAGCCGAAUGGCUCGCUCACGAGUUCAACGUCGGAAUACAAUGGAUUGCGCCAUACUUAACCAAAUGUUCAUCGAUGAGGAGUCUAAAAAGAGCGACAAAAGGGCUCAGGCCCUAUUACGGGAGGCUGAACGCGACAUGAAGCAAUCGAUGGUCAUUACAUCAGCUACAAAUUAUCAUUCACGCGGCUCCGCAAUGUUUAUGAAUGCUGAAAGGCUGGAGAGUAUCGCUGCCUCCCCACGGAAUUCUGGUGUACCUACACUCGUAGAAUCAUGCAAUCGAUAUAUGAGCGUAUCGUCGCGGCCGGUCGGAUGCCGAUCAUCCGCACCGCCAACCGCUUUUCUGCAAAAUUUGAAGUUAGAUCUUAUCGAUUCGAAAAAACUGAAACCACGCAAGGAAUUUCAUGAGACUUUUGCGAAUUUGAUUAAGUUGGGGAGUACAGAUCGACAAGAUAUUAAGCCCUCGCACGAAGAAUACACAUGGCAAACAGAGCUAAAAGAUAUGAUAUGGCUUGAGCUGCAGGCGUGGCAUGCGGAUCGAACGCUAGAACAGCAGGACAAAUACCUCUUCACAGCACGUCAGGGAAUAUCUGAUCUGCUCAAUCAGAUUCUUACCUAUAAGUUCAACCCAAAGUAUAUGCGAGGAACAAGUACGAUUAGUGUAGAUAGUGGCUUAGGAUCUGAUGGAUCAUGUGAUACCAGCCGUUGCAGUUCUUCCCAAUCAACAUGCAAGGGCUGCUUUUCAAUGUACUGUAAAGACUGCAAUGAACAACAAUCCCACGCCCUCAAAGAGGUAGAAGAGCUUUUGACGAGAUUAGAAACAGCGGAAGCUUUGUAUCCGUCGACACAGGUCAUGGCGGCAUUCUAUCCAGUUUACAAAUGUGAAGCGUUUGUGGGCCGAGUCAAAGCUAUGUGCCUUUGGUAUAACAUAACCAGACAUCUCCGACUGAAGCUGAUAAUAUUGGGGAAAUUACUAGCGAGGUUACAAGGCGACCCUUUUAACUGGCCCACACCAAUAUCAGCAUCAACUACAGAAAGUUCCGCAUCAUCAUCGGCACACGAAGUUGAAGAUGCAUUUUGUAGCGGGAAUUUCACUGAGCCAAAACCACCUCCUAAGCCGAAUAAUGUGCCUAAAGUGCAAUUUAACCUUGUUGAAGGUCGCACAGAUUCUUCAAGCCCUAGCGAUAGCAUUAGUAGUACAGAUUCUAAUUCCGCAACCACCAAAGACUUACUUCCAAACGACAAUCAAUCGAUUGGCCCAACGAUAGGAAACUACGGAAAAUGCAUAAACGACGUUCAUAUGUUUAACGUCCAACCAUUGGCUCAUAUUACAUACGAUAAUGUCCAGCAUUCAACUAUGCUGUAUCGGAAAUACAUUGAGAAUAUGUUGAAAUCGCGAGGCUUAAAUAAAUCUUUAUCAUUCCUGCAUCGUUUGCAUAAUACUGUCCUUCACAAAGCACAUGUGACUUUGGAACGACCCGGAACUGAAGAGUAUGAGUCUGAAAUUGAUUUCCUCGAGGAUGAUGUGCCGCAAAUUGAGCCUCAUAUGGAUAAGGAGAAAAUCGAGGAAUUAAGACGAUAUGGCUGUUGGAGUGCUGAGGCUAAGGCGAUUGGACUUCCAUCGUAUGUCCCAACUUUUAUAUUUUUGUCGGUGAUUCCUCUGGAAGUGAUCCAUGAAUUUUUGCGAAUGCGUUUGGAAACGAGACCGGCCAAGCCGAAUCCAUUAAGUUUGGAGCAGUUGAUGAAGGAGUUGCGAGAGGGACUGACGCUGGCUUUGACGCACCGUGAACGAUUUAAUCGACAUAUUACCACGGCGUUGAAUGAUAAUGAGACUGAAUUAGAGAAAUAUAGUGCGAUUUUGGAUCAAUUUGAUGCAACUGUGAAGAAAGUUUUAGAGCUCUAUCUAGACUAUGUCGAUCAAUGGGUACUCGUCGCAGCCCCUGAAGGUCACAAGAAAUCAGCCCUGGAAAAAGAAUGGAUGUUCACAAAGCUCGUAAGCCCAAUGAUUCCAGGAAUGCAUCAGUUGGCUGCGAAAAAGUUUUGCCUUAUUAUUCGUAAUCUCUUGCGAGGCAUUGGUGAUCGUCUGGUCAAACGUGCCAGUGAGCUUGAUGGAAAAAUCGAUGAAACAACACAUGAAGACGCCCUCAAAUGGCAGCUUCUAACAAUUUGUCGAGAGACACAAUCAUUAUUCACCACAGAACGAGAACGAGCUGUGAAAGUUUUAUUUUUCGCAAAAACAUUUUCGCGAGACACAGAACAAUCAGAUUUCCACCGCGAGCAUUACGAUGAGUAUCUGAAUCGAAAAGAUCCGAACGAUUUCGAGUGCCCGGCACUGAAAGAGGCUUUUACAUUACUUAAACGAGAUGUGUUGGAUGUUAGAGAUAAACUUAUAAAAAUUAUUUUACGUAUCGAAGAGAGGUGUAAUAUUAAAAAUAUGUUAGAGUUAGACGAACAAGACAGGUUAGCAGUGCUUUCACGUUCUCGUGAGAUCCUGCACCAAGGCUACAAAUUUGGCUUUGAGUAUAAUAAAGACGUGAUUCGGUUGUUUGAGCAGAAACCGAUGUCGUGUAAUAGUUGUGACGGUUGCACCUUAGAGCUGUCACUAGGAAUUAUAGAGUUUGCAAAAAUGUGGAUGAAAUUCGUAACGGAACGUUGUGAACGUGGUCGAGGGGUCCGCCCACGUUGGGCUACUCAAGGGCUUGAGUUCUUGAUUUUAGCAUGUGAUCCGCUGAACACCCGUCAUUUGGACGAUAAACAGUUCGAGGACCUCAAAACGAAAAUGGAUGGAUGCAUAUCUCAUGUAAUCGGCAUAAUCUCCGAACCAGAGAAAACGAAAAAGAAGGCCUCGCCGCGAACUCGUAAGACUUCAUCUCCUGCGACAAGCCGCUCGAGAACACCAACAAGAACUCCAAUGUCUGCCGGAGUGAUUAUGAAUCCAUCCCAGCAAAAGUUCCUUCAACCACAAUUCAGCUUGAAAGAGGACCAUAGUGAAGUGUUAUCUACAAAUAGUUCAAUUGAUACACCAGAUCUUGCACAGAAUAAGGAUUUCCAAUCAAUUACGCUUGUAGUUCCUACGAUGACUACAACUUACAGCCCGGCCUUGCGACAAAUACGUGUUCGAGAUGCUGUUAAUCGGUUAGACAUGGAAUUAGAGAAUAAGUUGCGUGAAAGAAAUCUUAUCGGUCAAGUGAAAACAUUAAAUACAACUGAUAAGAUUCAGAUACGAGCGAGAAGCGUAAAUUUCAGAUGGCAUCGCGGCAUCAAGAUUGGACAAGGUCGUUUCGGCAAAGUAUACACUGCAGUUAACAACUCUACAGGCGAGUUGAUGGCUAUGAAGGAAAUAACUAUUCAACCAGGUGAAACACGUGCAAUCAAGAAAGUUGCAGAAGAAUUGAAGAUUCUGGAAGGAAUUAACCACAAGCAUCUGGUUAAAUACUAUGGAAUCGAAAUACACAGGGAAGAACUGCUCAUAUUCAUGGAACUAUGCUCAGAAGGUACACUUGAAUCCUUAGUGGAAUUAUCAGGCGGCUUGCAUGAAGGGCUUGCCCGACGUUUCACCGCACAAUUAUUGUCUGGUGUGGAAGAACUUCACAAACACGGAAUUGUGCAUCGUGAUAUUAAAACUGCGAAUAUCUUCUUGGUUGAUGGUGGAAACAGUUUGAAAUUAGGAGAUUUUGGGUCGGCUGUUAAAAUUCAAGCUCAUACGACAGUACCUGGGGAGUUACAAGGAUAUGUCGGGACCCAAGCUUAUAUGGCGCCAGAAGUCUUCACGAAAACAAACACCGACGGACACGGACGCGCAGCGGACAUUUGGUCGGUUGGGUGUGUUGUAAUUGAAAUGGUAUCAGGCAAGAGACCCUGGUAUCAAUUCGAUUCGAAUUUCCAAAUCAUGUUCAAAGUCGGAAUGGGCGAAACACCUGAAAUUCCAAGCAGUCUCUCACAAGAAGGCUGUGAAUUCUUAGAGAAUUGUCUCCAACAUGAUCCAAAGAAAAGGAUGACAGCUUCUGAGCUGUUGCAACAUAAUUUCUGCAAAGUUGAACUAGAUGAAGACACAAAACUGACCGUUACAGAACCCCAUAUACGACGAUCCUUCCGACGAGGGAAUAAAACUUAAAACUAAGGCAGCUCCAUUAAAAAUGACUUAACUUAAAGUGAAGUGAAUCUAUUGUGAUUCUAUUGAUUUUGUUUUAAUUAUUGACCUCAGGUAUAAUUUGUAACGUGGAAGUUCCACGAACUCGUAAGGCGAAUCAAAUACAAUUGGGACCUUUUGAUUUUAUAUUGCCACCAUACUUAAUUCCAAUCGGGCCUAGAAUAUAUUAAAUAACUGAAACAGAUUUCGAGAUUGGAACAAUCUUCCCUGAGACAAAUAAAGUGUAUUGUUGCUUGUUAUGUACCUUAAAUAUUGCACAUGCCUAGAUGUAAUGUACAUUGGUGAUGAAAAUGUUGCAUUUGAAGUUAUGUACCGCGUGUACUUAUUGUAUAAUGACGAUGGCUAGUUGAGAUAUAUUUGUAAUAGUUUUUAAAUGCAUAAGUUCUAAAUAUACAGAUGUUAUCUGUUUUACAAGGAAGUUAAACGAAUAAGAAACUGCUUACUAUUUA